GCAGAAUGGGUCGUGGGUGAAGCGAUCGUCAGUGCUGAAGCUCGCGUUGCCGCCGCCCGCCAUCCCACGUCACACCUUCAACGCCCAAACGUGGUUCAGGCGCCCAAAUUCACUCACCACGCGACAGGGACAGAAACAGAAGGACAAUCGAAGAAAAAAGCAGGAAACUGAGAGAAGAAGUCAGACAAAAGUGGAGGAGCACACCCGAGACGCCACCGUCACACAAAUCCGCUGCAUGCAGGCGCCGGUGAUGGGCCUCGAGCUGCUGCUGCUGCUCUGCUGAACAAACCGGCUUGCAUCUGAACCUACCGACCGACCGCGUACCAGGCUGGCUGUCGUCCCGUGACCCGGCAGCAACACCACCUCCAACCUUGUCCGCUCCUCCGACAUGCUGCCCAUCCGCCCCGGCCUGUCGAGGCAACUCUCCGCCGCCGCCAUGCAGGUCCCCAUGAUAUCGUGUCCGCUGAAGCAGACGAACGAGAUUGACUGGAUCAUCCCAAUCAAGCAACACAUUCGCUCCGCAUACGGCGACGAUCCCGAACGAUACAAUGACGAAUGCGCCGCUCUCAAUCGUCUGCGCCAGGACAUGCGAGGUGCUGGGAAAGACAGCGCGGCGGGGAGAGAUUUGUUGUACAGAUAUUAUGGACAACUCGAGUUGCUGGACUUGCGAUUUCCCGUCGAUGAGAACCACAUCAAAAUCAGCUUUACGUGGUUCGAUGCAUUUACCCACAAACCCACCAGCCAGUACAGCCUGGCGUUUGAGAAAGCGAGCAUCAUUUUCAAUAUCUCAGCAGUAUUGAGCUGUCAUGCUGCGAAUCAAAACCGCCAUGAGGACACCGGGUUGAAGACGGCCUAUCACUCAUUUCAGGCAAGCGCGGGAAUGUUUACGUACAUCAACGAGAACUUUCUACACGCACCUUCGACGGAUCUGAGCAGAGAGACUGUCAAGACGUUGAUCAGCAUCAUGUUGGCGCAAGGGCAGGAAGUGUUCAUUGAAAAGCAGGUGGUGGAUAAGAAGAAACCAGGGCUGAUUGCCAAACUGGCUGCACAGGCUGCUUAUCUUUAUGCUCAGGCUGUGGAGGGCGUGCAGGACAACGUAUCCAGGGCCGUAUUCGAGCGUGUAUGGUUCCUCGUGGUACAAAUCAAGCAACAUCAUUUGGCUAGUGUGGCACAAUACUAUCAAGCGGUGGCGGAUUACGAGGCCAACAGCUACGGGCAAGCAAUUGGGCGGCUGAACGCUGCGAACACCGCAAGUAAAGAGGCGAGUCGCUUGGCGAACGGUUUUCCUGGUAGUGCGCCCGCGAACAGCAAUCUCGCAUCAGAAACAGGGACGAUACUGGCAGACAUGACGAAAAAGCAGCUCGCAUCAAUACAGGAACUGCUUGCCGAGUACAAUCGGGACAACGACAUGAUCUACCACCAGCCAGUACCUUCAGAAACAAACCUGCCAAGCAUACCGAAACUGCCAGCGGCCAAGGCGAUUCCAGUGAGCGAACUCUAUCAGGGUCAAGACAUUCAGCGAAUCAUUGGUCCAGACAUUUUCCAGCGAAUCGUGCCCAUGUCAGUGACGGAGAGCGCCAGCUUGUACGAUGAGGAGAAGGCCAAGUUAAUACGAGCUGAGGGUGAGAGAGUCGAGACUGCGGAUGAUGAGCUGGCAACAUCAUUGGAUUAUCUAAAACUGCCCGGGAGUCUGAACAUCCUCAAAGGCGCCGUGGAUCAGGAAUCGAUGAGCGUUGAUGAUGAGUUCCGCAACUGGUGCAGUGAACUCGCGGGACACAAUCCGUUCGGGCCUACUUUCGACCAGCUACGAGAGGAGAAGCAGAACAUUAUGUCGACUCUCGAAACAUGUUCGAAACAGCUUGACAUGGAAGAGUCCGUGUGUGAGAAAAUGCGCAGCAAGUAUGGUGCUGAAUGGACACAGCAGCCUUCGAGUCGAUUGACACAAACAUUACGGCAGGACGCAAAGAGCUACCGAGCUGCUGUAGAGGAAGCUUCAACGAGUGAUGCACAGUUGUUCAGUACUUUCCGACAGUAUGAGUCUGAUAUGGACGAGAUGCGUUCUGCGGGCGAGACAGACGAGGCAGAUGUUUUGUACCAGCGAGCCAUGAUCAAGGCCGGCGCUGGAAAGAAGAAUGGAACAAGUCCUGGCGUGAUGGAUGAAGGCAAUCUGCUCGACGAGGAUUUCGAAGACGAAUCACGGCAGUCCGUUGCUGAGCAGAUCGAGCGCGUCGAAGCGCUGAUCCACAAGUUGCAGCUUGUAAAGCGUGAGCGCGCGCAAGUGCUGAAGGAUCUGAAGGAGAAGAUUCACAGCGACGACAUUUCAAACGUGAUCAUGCUCAACAAGAAGGCCAUCACAAGCCAGGAGAAUGCCCUUUUCAAAGCUGAGCUGGAGAAAUUCAGACCGCACCAGAAUCGUAUCCUGCAGGCUGUGCACAAGCAGUCAUCGCUGAUGAAAGAGCUCACGCGCACAUACAGCGACCUUUUACAAGACAAGCGAGUCCGCGGCGAGCAGAACAAGUACGAAGCCUUCUCGAGGCAGCGCAACUCCGUCCUUGGAAAGUACAAGAAGGUCUAUCAAGCGUACAAGGACCUUCAAGCAGGCUUGCAACGAGCGCGACAGUUCUACGAUGAGAUGCAAGAGACCGUCGACAGCCUGAAGAAGAACGUGGACUCUUUUGUGGAGAACCGCAGAUCAGAGGGCGGUCAGUUGCUCGGCGCCAUUGAAGCUGCGAAGGGCAGUGGAGCAGAACGUGAGCAGGCUCGGAUGAAAGAGCUCAUGGAGCGCAUGAGCAUCAGUCCAUCCAGCGCUCAGUCGUCAUCCCCCAUACCGGGCUUUGGUGAGCAGCGGAGUUCAGGGCAUCGUCCCCCGCCCCUCCAGCAACAAACAUAUGGGCAGCAGCAACCCCUAUACAAUCCCGCGGCCAGUCCUCCGAUCACGCCUCGGUACCAACCACAACAACAGAACGGCAGCAUGCAAUCACCUGCACCAUAUCCUACCUACUCACAACCCUCACAACAUCAACAGCCACAAUCCGCGACUUACAACCCCAACCAAUACGGCGCGAUGUCGCCUCCCGCUCACCAACAAUACUUCUCGCCGCCACCCAACCAACAAUACAAUAACUACCAGCAACCCUCUACAACACAGUAUAGCCAGCACCAGCCACAGCAACAGAACUACGGCAGCCAUCAAUCUGUGCCACAAGGCUGGCAGCCUCCGCCUCCUCCGCCGGGCCCUCCACCGAGCCAGGACUACAGUGCGAUGCAGGCGAGUGGAUAUCCUUCCGGGCCUGGAGGCUACGCGAGCCAGGAUUCGAUAAGAAGUCAGCAACAGCCAAAUGGUAGUUCAGGCGAUCCUUGGGCGGGCUUGAGUGCGUGGAAGUGAGGCAAUGAACGAGGAAAUUCUUGAUGGUAGGAGGAAACCGGGGAAGCCAAGUACAGCAGUGGAAAGGAAAAAGAAAGCAAAGCAUAGCGUGGUUUUGGGUGAUUUGUUUGACUUCAAUUCAGCACUUUUUUUUUGUGUGUUCCUGUAUUGGCCGGCGGCGGGGUCGAUGCUCGGCAUGUUUGAUGGACGGAUGAGAUACAUGUGCAUGAUGUGGAUGAAGGAGAAGACGCGUAUGUGAAGACGACUCCGCGUGCUGACGGUGUGCGGACACGUACAUUGUAUGUAUGUAGCAGACGUGAAAACAAACAUGCAAGGUUGCAAGUCUCCAUUCAUACAGUAUGUUCCUCGCCAUUUCU